GAACAGGUGGUGAUCUACAUGAUACGCGGCGGCCAUUUUCUUAUUGUCUCGGACACGUGGCUUAGGAGACAGCAGCCAUUAUUUAAACACGCGGCGUGAUACUGCCAGACUCAGCUGCGCUCAGCACAGGUUACUAUUCCCAAUCAUAGUCCACCUGAAUGGAGAGAGGAAGGCAUCUACGGAGCAGGAGACAACUAGUGUUGAGCAGGACCCAGAGCCCUAUCCCAGUGCCUUCAUUCUCACUCACUGAUACAUGAGAGAGACAAUGAGCAGAAGAUCCUGGAACUCGCAAACAAGAUCAUUCAGCUGCUGACUGGAGAGAUAUAUCCAGUAACAGAGAUACCCCAGAGAGAUGUCCCCAUACUCCUAAUUCCCAGGAUUGUACAAAGAGAAAUCUCAGGACCGCACAGGAGGAUCAGCAGAUGGAUGUAACAGAAGAAAUAUAUCCCAGGAACAUCUUGUUUUAUCUCCAGACUGUGAAAUAGAAGAUAUCACAAGAAAUUCUCCAGGAGAAAAAACCCUUUUAGCCUAAUUAUGCAUUCAGUACUCCACCGUGCAGAUAUGUCAUCUGAUCUCUCUUCUCAUGAGGAAUAUUGUACUGAUAACUCGGAUAUUGGUCUAUCUGUUACAGCUCUUACAGUAGAUAAGGUAUUUCCUAAUAAUGUAGAUGACAAAUGUAUUUCACAGGACUCAAAGCUUAUUGCCCACAAGCCAACUAAGAAACGUGGGAAGCGAUUUUCAUGUUCUCACUGUGAGAAAUGUUUUAGAUGGAAAUCAGCUGUUGUCAUACAUGAGAGAACUCACACUGGUGAGAAACCAUUUGAAUGUUGUGAGUGUGGGAAAAGUUUUGCAGUCAAAUCCGCUCUUGUUACACAUGAAAGAAGUCACACAGGUGAGAAACCAUUCAGAUGUUCUGAGUGUGGGAAAUGUUUUACAAUGAAAUCAACUCUUGUUCAUCAUCAAACAGUUCACACUGGCGUCAAGCCUUUUUCAUGUUCUGAGUGUGGGAAAUGUUUUAGAGACAAGUCGGCACUUCUUCAGCAUCAGAGAACUCACACAGAUGAGAAACCAUUUUCAUGUAAUGAGUGUGGGAAAUGUUUUACACAAAAAUCACAUCUUGCUACACACCAGAGAACUCACACAGGUGAGAAGCCAUUUUCAUGUUCUGAGUGUGGAAAAUGUUUCAGAGAAAAAUCACAUCUUGUUGUACACGAGAGAAGUCACACAGGUGAGAACCAAUAUUCAUGUUCAGAGUGUGGAAAAUGUUUAAGAUACAAAUCAAGUCUUCUUAAACAUCAGAGAAUUCACACAGGUGAGAAUACAUUUACAUGUUCUGAGUGUGGGAAACGUUUUACAAGCAAAUCACAUCUUGUUAGACAUGAGAGAAUUCACACAGGCGAGUCCUUUUCUUGUUCUGAAUGUGGAAAAUGUAUCUUUGGGGACAAAGCAGCUCUUGCUAUACAUCAAAGACAUCAUACAGGUGUGAAGCCAUUUCCAUGCUCUGAGUGUGGGAAAUGUUUUAUACAGAAAUCAGCACUUGUUUCACAUCAGAAAGUUCAUACAGAUGAGAAGCCGUUUCCAUGCUCCGAAUGUGAGAAAUGUUUUAGAAAAAAAUCGCAACUUGUUGUGCAUCAGAGAGUUCAUACAGGUGAGAAGCCAUUUCCAUGUUCUGAGUGUGGGAAACUUUUUCGUGAAAAAGCAGCUCUCGUUAUGCACGAGAGAAUUCACACUGGUGAGAAACCCUUUUCAUGCUCCGAGUGUGAGAAAUGUUUUUCGGACAAAUCUCAUCUUUCUAGACAUCGAAGAAGUCACACAGGAGAGAAGCCAUAUUCAUGUGCUGAGUGUGGGAAAUGUUUUUCAGACAAAUCUGUUCUUGAAACACACAAGAGAAGUCACACAGGGGAGAAACCAUUUUCAUGUGCUGAGUGUGGGAGAUGUUUUAUUAAUAAAUCUUCUCUUCUUGAGCAUGAGAGAAUUCACACAGGUGAGAAACCAUUUUCAUGUGCUGAGUGUGGGAAAUGUUUUACACGGAAAUUACAUCUUGUUACACAUCAAAGAUCUCACCCAGGUGAGAAUCAAAUUUCAUGCUCUAGUUGAGGAAAAAGACAGUAAUCUGAACUUGUUAAAUAUUCAGUUAUUUACACCAUUUUAGACAGGUGAAAUAUUAGAAAGUAUUUUAUCUAAAGAACAAAUGAUGUUAUAAUAUAUAAAGGGUUGAAGUGGAAGCAUAUGCGCUACUGUUGAAAUUGUAUCUCUUUAUGUUUUUGUGAUUUUUCUUUUUCACUGUCAGUAAGGCUGGUGGGACACUGUGCCAUGGGGAUUGCAGGAUGGACAGAAGUUUGGCACUCAAACUACUGUCACUUUUAUUGUUGGCUUCAUGCAACCCGAUAAUGCCAGUUUCUUUUAGGUGCCUUAAGGAGAUGGGGCACGUUUUGGAAGGCUGCUAUGCAUCCUCUCUUAUACAUACAUAAUUUUAUGUUUUUAUUUGUAACUUUUACUUUCUAGUUAUGUGCUAUGCGCAGCUUGUAACAGCUUCAGUGCAAGUGGCGGCUGUGAACUGGUCUUGGCUUGCCGUGUGGCAGCCACGAAGAGGGGGUGCACUGCCAGCUGGGUCCCCCUACAGCACUCCAGUCUCUGAGACCUCCUGGACCUGGGGACAGUAUGCACUCUCACUCUUGUAGAGGGUACAGGAGCGCCAGCGCUGUCACAGACAGUGGACCAUCUUACCGGGGUUUUUUACAGGGUGGCUCCAUUAAAGAGCGUGCCACGGACAGGCAGCCUGGCUAUUGGGAUAAAGAUAACAGAUAGCGCUACUGAAGCAUCACUCGCCACACUUUACAUAGAGAUUAACAGUUCAGAAGACCAUAAAAUUAUAACAUAUUUAGUUACAAUGAAAUACUAAUAUAGCAUACAAGGGCUGAGUAACAAUGUUAAUAAACACACUGCAUGUAUAUAUGUAUCAUAUAGCUGUAACGGUAUAAUAGUAUGCAGUCUAUGAUGUAAUAAAUAAAAGGUAUAGUCUGGGUUCCGGAUGCGAUUAUAUAGGUAACAUGAAAAAGUAGCCGUUAAUAGUUGUAGGCUUUGGAGACUACUAGUAAAGCUCCGUCAGUCUCAAUAGUAUAUAUACACACUCACCCGCUGGGCACUUUGAAGGCUGUGUAUUAGCUAAAAUCAAUGCGACUCCUCUGUAUUUUGUUACUCAGCCUCUUUAUGCUAUAUUAGUGUUUCAUUGUUAAUAAGUUAUCAUUUUAUGGUCUAUUAAAGUGUUUAUUUAUAUGUAAAUUAUGGUGCUUCAGUAGCGCUGUUUUCUUGUUUUAUUAUCUAUUGAGGACUAGCACACCUCUAAUUAGUUUAGCUGCUGCGCCUGCACUUAACCCCUCACACUACUUUUACUGCAGUCUGCGUCUAGGACCAUACAUAAAACCUUUUAUAGCCUGGCUAUUGGGGCAUAUUAAGUGCUUUCCACUCACAAGGGAGAAGUGCUUUAACACUGCGGCCACAGACUCCGUGGCAGAGCCUGACACUGCUGUCUUCUCUUCUCUUUAACCUCCAAUGACAGUCUUUCUUGUGAGCGGGAUGCAGACUGAGAAGUGAAACUAACUUCUGGACCCUGCACAUGAUCAUGGCUUCUGCAAGUUUAUAUGAAGCUGGGCAAGCUCCUCUCUUCAGCAGCUGUUUGCUUUGGGAAGGCUGAGUAUUACUUAUCUCUUAUUACCUCUGCUGUUCUCAAGAAAUGUGCAGUUGCUCAGUGACAUAUGACAUUACUUGCUGUGCCUAGGUAUUUGUCUGUCUUCUACUAUACAUAGCAUGGCCUGUAGGGACUAGGAUGGACAAAGCCAAAAUAAACUGAAAAGAACUACUAUGGCUUUGUGAUUUAUUUGUGCAUAGUGUAAUAUUACAUUACCGUGUGGAAAGGUGGAAUCCAACUUGCUGAUGGCUCUGCUGAUCAGUGUGCUUGAGCUCAAUCUGUCCUGCCCAGCCAGCCAGUUCAUAUUCAGUGGGACAAAACCAUGGUGGUGGCACAUGUAAGUCAUAAAGGAGGCACACAGAGUGAGGAAGAGGUGGCCUGAAUACCUUCCUGGGCGGAGACCUUUGUUUCAACGUUAUCUGCGGUGUGGAAAAUUUGUACGCAGGCUUCCUCAGCAGACCCAUGUUUCACCCAGGGAGUUAUUUCUCAAUCCAGAGGUCUUCCAACGGUUAGUUCAGAAGUGGGGCCUUCCGCAAGUGCACCUCAUGGCCUUUCAACACCACUUCCAAGGUUCCACAGAUUUGUGCAAGAUCCAGGGACUCACUGGCUUUUCGCAGUAGACGUCAUGAUGGUUCAGUGGGAUUUUCAUCUAGCGUACCUGUUCCCUCCAACACCUAUGUUGCCUCGGGUACUUGAGCGCAUCAGGUAUCAAUGGGGGACUGCAGCCCGAGUGGCUCCGGACUGGCCUACAAGGUUGUGGUACGCGGACAUUGAAAAUGACAGCAGGUCCUGGGUGGCAUCUUCCACUUCAUCCGAACCUGGUACAUGAGUAUCUUUCUGUGAUGGCUCUAACAGCCUGGCUUUGGAAAGCAAAGGGGUUUUCUCCUAUGGUGGUUCGUACUUUGCUGCAAGCCCGGAAACCGGUUUCAUCACGCAGUUACCACAGAGUACUGAGUCUUGUGGUGUGAACAGAGAAGGGUUCAAAUAUCCAAGUUUCGCCACUCCCGUGUGUUGGCCUUCCUUCAGGGGGGGUUUGGAAGCUGGUUUAAAGCUUUGUUCUUUGAAAUUACAGAUUUCAGGCCUGUCAGUUUAUUUCCAAUAGGUUCGAGCCUUCAUCCAGAACUCCAUACCUUUUCACAGGGUGUGGUGCUUAUUCAACCACCAUUUCCUAAUCUGGUCAUAUCUGCUCUCAAACAGGAUCUUUUUGAGCCUUUUGAUUCACCAGAUCUUACAGUUUGUGGUCUUCCUUAUGGCUGUUGUCUCGGUACGAAGUCUUUCCGAGUUGGGGCUUUGUCUUUCAAGCCAUCUUUUCUUCCAUGACGAUAGAGCGGUUCUCCAUAUGCUUCCUAUAUUCUAACCGAAGGUUGUUUUGGCUUUCCACUUAAACCAAGAAAUAGUUUUUCCGUUGUUUCAACUUUAAAUGACUUCUCGAGCUCUGGAUGAUCGGCCUCUACUAGACGUAGUUGGAGCUCUGCAGCUUUAUUUGCACAAGACUUCUGUACCCUGCACAGAUUCUCUGCUUGUUCUUUAUGAAGCACAUAAAUGCGGUUGGCUGGUAAGCAGACCAUUGCGCGUUGGAUCGGUCUUCACUCAAGCAUAUGCUAGUGCAGGGAGAACGGCAACAGACCAGGUGUCAGUGCAUACCACCAGGGCAGUGCGAUCUCCUGAGAAGCGCAACAUGGGGCUUCGGCAAAACAGGUCUGUCGUGCAGCUACCUGGUCCCCUGUCCACACGAUUACUUGUUUUUCCUCUGGUGAUGCUAACUUAGGUGCACAGUUCUCCAGUCAGAAAACCUGAGAGUUCCUUCCCUUGGGGGUGGUUGUUGAACAUCCCAUGGUCCAGUGUCCAACUAGUCUUGCUAAUAGAGAAUAUUAACCAAAGGGGCACUAUACCGAUGGUUCUAAUAAAAAUGUUAUUAGAAAAUCCUUAAAAUAUCCAAAUAACAGAGUACACUUCAUUAUACAAUGUGCAAACCCACCUAGGUGUCAGUUUAAGGUUUUAGUUAGUUAGAACUAGAUUGACAUAAUAGCAAUUCUGUAACACUGUAGCAGUUCCAAGUGAUAAAUGUUGACAAUUGUUACCACUUCAAGCAUGAUUGCUGUGUUAUAUCAAUGUACCAAGAGUAGCUCUUAUUAUAGACUUCAUGCAGAGCACAUAUUAAGCUGCAGCUAGUGAAUGAAAAGCUGUGACCACCCUUGAUGUUUAUCGGGAAUAUAAACGGAUAGUCUUUCCGUGUAGAAAUUGUAUUUCAGUAAGCCGAUAUAACAUACACAGCUGACAAUAGUUUUUUUUAUAUUAGAGCAAAAAUAAAUAAGUCAUAAAUAACUCUUCUGGGUUAGUGACUGGGAAACCGGGAAAUGCAUUUGACAAUGGCGACAAGCCUUUUUAAAUGCUCCGUUGGUGUUCCACAAUUAGUAUCCCUAAUUUUAUACUCACUGCACUCAUAUGCUGGCGUUAAUCAUUUCGGUCUGUAGGCCAGAUGUAUCCGUAAGCACCCUCCGAUUGCGUACGUUACGCUGUGCCUGAUAUUUCAAAUGAGCCAGCUUCCCCUAGUGUCCUUGGGCAGCUGUAUAUUAGCUGCUCGGUGUGCGUCCUGGAUUGCCGCGUCGGUGCAGGGCUAUAUCGGGCUGAAUGCACACAGAGAAAGUUGGAUUUUUGGUCUCUUGCCGUUGAAUCCUUUUUCUCUGAAGCAGGCUGUGGGAGGUUUGUGGUUCUUGACCAUCUUUUCCCUGCUGGUUUAUUGUAUUGUUCUAACAGUUUCACUGGAUUACUGCUACUCCUUACUGGACUCUUAAAGGAAGUAUUGGCAUUAUGGUGUUGCAGGAUGGAGGAGCUUACAAUUAACGUACAGUACUUUAAGUGCCAAACUCCAGCCCAUCCUGCAAUGCCCAUAGUCCAGUGUCCCACAGCCUGCUUCAAAGAAAAGGAUUCAGUGGUAAGUGACCAAAAAUCCUAUUAACCAUCUUGCAAGAUAAUUGUCAUUGCAGAUAGGAUAGUCUCAGGAAUUGUAUUACCAAAAUGGCGUAAGAGUGUAGGAGUACAUGAAGUGCUCAAGGGUUUAACUGAGGGGGAUCCGGUCUCUAGGUCUACAGUAAGUAGGUUGACAAUGUUUAGGUCGACCACUAUUGGUUGACAGUAACUACUGUAGGUCGACAGGUCAUAAGGUCGACAUGAGUUUUUCACAUUUUCUUAUUUUGAACUUUUUCAUACUUAACGAUCCACGCGGACUACGAUUGGGAAUAGUAACCUUGCCCGAAGCAUGGCGAGCGGACACGGUGCACUAAUUGGGGUUCCCGGUCACUGUACAGAGAAAACGACCCCAAAAAACAUACUCAUGGCGACCUGUUGAACAAAACCCUGUCGACCUAGCAUCCCUGUCGACCUACUUACCAUCGACCUUACAUACCACACCCAACUGAGGGUAAAUCCUGUUCAACAUGGGACAUAAAAGACAAGUUCAUGCCAUAAAUAGCCUGAUAUAAAAAAGGAUGCCAGGUGCUCGGAGAAAGGUGAAGCCAUAAAUGAGCACUGAUGGAAGCUGAAUGUCAUUUUGUUAUAUGAUAAAGAAACUUAAUUUAAAAGUUAUUUUAUAUGUCUGCAAAUAAACUGAUUUCAGUAGUAAUUAAGGAAGUUGAACCAGCUGCACAGUGAUCAUAGGCUGUGGUUAGCUAGAAUCCUAUAGAAAAAGGAAAAUAAAAAGUAUGUUAACGGUAAAAGUAUAUUUUAAUAUUAUAAAGUUAUGAUCGCAAGAUAAUCAUAAGAUGUUGAGCUAAUGAUUGAAAAUAUCCCAUAAAGGGAGUAUAUAAAUUAUAAUCUAUUCUAAUAGUUGAUAUGUGAUUGGUCUGUGUAUAUGAUUGGCUUUUUAAUUUGUUUGGUUUAUUGGUCCAUGCCACUGAAUGCCUUUUCUGCCAUUUCCUCUUGAAUGUCAUCUUGCCACCUCAAACUUAAUAUUUCCAAACCAGAAUUAACUAUAUUUCCACCAACCAAUAGUAAUUACCAACCUGAUCUCUCUAUGACUGUUGAGAACUCAACAAUCAAUCCUACCAUAUAAGCUCGCUGACUAGGAGUCAUCUUUGACUCUGAAUGGUCUUUGUUCCUCAAAUUCAAUCUGUCUCUAACUCUUGCUACAUGCAUCUAAAAAACAAAUCCAAAAUAUGACCAUACCUUACACAAGACACUGCAAAACCUGUAAUCCAUGCUCUCAUCUCCCACAUUGAUUAUUAUCUUCUUACUGGUCUUACAAAAAAAAAACAACUCACCACUACAAUCCAUUCUGAAUUCCACUGCAAGGCUAAUCUUCCUAACUAGACGUACAUCGUCUGCAGAGCCGCUCUGUCAGUCCCUCCAUUAGGUACCUGUAAUUCUAUCGUAAUAAAUAUUAAAUACUUUUAGCCACACACAAGGACAUAAACCAUUCUACACCAAUGUACAUCACUUCGCUUGUAUCAAAAUAUCUCCCAACCCGACCUCUUCACUCUUAACAAGAUAUACGUCUCAUCUACGCUCCAUAUUUGAUCCCAUUCACGAUUGCAGGACUUUCUUUGAGCUGCACACACUGGAUUGCCCUCUUAAGCACAAUAAGACUUUCCCCUAGUCUCCAAACAUUCACGUUUUCCCUGAAAACACCUUCAGGCAAGCUUAUAAAAUUUCGGAACCGCUUGCAUAACCUUUUUAAACUUUCCUAUCCAAUUACUUCCGCACUGUAGAGUCCACUCAUUACUUCCCCACUGUAGAGUCCACUCAUAUCCUCACAUAUUUUCCUGUUCUUCACUAUCCUGUCCCCAGGUCAACAUUUCUGUGUGACCAGAUCAUACAGCCCAACAAGAACCUUUGCAAUCUGGUGGACCUUUAUGCAAUAGACAACACCUAUCCUUGUUUAUCAAUGCCUACUUCCCCAUAGAUUGUAAGCUUGUGAGCAUGGUCUUCCUACCUCUAUGACUGUCAUUACCCAGUCUUGUUUUUUUUUUCCACUGUUGUUUCCAAAUGUUUUGCUGUAUGUUAUCUGUUUCCACUUGUAAAGUGAAACAGACUUUGCUGCACUAUAUAAAAAAGUGCAAAUACACUGUGUAAUGCAUGAAAAAUAAAUAAAACACUUUAUCCACA